UAAUUCCUAUAAAGUACCCUCAGGACCCUCGUCAAAGAGAGAACCUAACCAUUUUUGGAGUUGUUUGGUGAGAUUAAAAAGAAAAGAAAAGAAAAGAAAAGAAAAGAAAAGAGUGCAGCCAUGGGUAUUACUGAAGCUCCCAGACGUCUGAUAGUGAACCAUUACAAGUCAAGACUAUGGUUCUUGUUGCACUUUAUUUUGGGCGAAAGCAGAAAGAGUGUGUUGGGCUUCUUUCAUUGCUCAGACGAGGGGCUUGAUUUCUUCAAAAUAGCUAAUAACUAUUGUUUGUUAUUGAUUUCCUGGUUCUUACAAGUGUUUCUUGGUCUUAUUGACAAGCCUUUGAUGCAGCUUGGCCAUGCUGUUGAGUACUUUCUCAACUUCCUCUCGCAAAAUGGUGGCUUCUUUGAUAUUCUCAUGAACUUUUUACUUGGAAAACUGAAGAAACCAAAAAGAGGCACAGAAGAUUUCUUAAGUAUCAUUGCACAUUUGGAUCCAAGGAUAGAUCUAGACAAAACUGGAUUAGUUUCAAACGAAAAAUAUGAAAAGGCAAUUGCAGAGGCAAACACAGAAUGGGAAAGUAAAAAAUUGAUGGAUCUUUGUGUCAUGGCAGCCAAGAUAGCUUUUGAAAAUGCCAAAGUUAUUGAAAAAAUUGUCAAUUCUUACUGGAAGAUGAAUUUUGUGGGCUUCUAUGACUGUUGGAAUGGAAGGAGAACUUGGAAUGAAAAACACAAGGAAAACAACACCCAAGUGUUCAUAUUUACUGACAAGCCCCAAGAUGCACAUCUGAUAGUAAUCAGCUUCAGAGGCACAGAACUUUUCAACGCUCAAGAUUGGAUAACAAAUCUUGAUUUCUCUUGGUUUGAGGUUCCAAAAGUGGGAAAACUUCAUAUUGGAUACUUAGAAGGGAUGGGGUUAGGGACCAGAACCGAUGCUUCAUCCUUUGAAAGCCACUUCCAAAGGAAGGAUACAAAUUUCUUCCAUUUAGAUGCAGAGACUGAGAAGCAAAUGCUUGAAAACUCAAAUAAUAGUGCAUACUAUACAGUGGCAAUAACGCUCAGCCACUUGCUGAAGGAGAAUAGGAAUGCAAAGUUUAUGGUGACAGGACAUGGCUUAGGUGGGGCACUCGCUAUUAUGUUUGUAACUCUUUUGGCAAUUCAAGAUGAGGGUGAGAUAAUGCAAAGGCUGCUGAAUGUUUACACAUUUGGGCAGCCAAGGAUUGGAGACGAGAAGUUAAAGGAGUUUAUGGAAUCCCAUUUGAACUAUCCAAAGUAUUUCAGGGUGGUCUACUCCAAUGAUAUUAUGCCUAGGGUGCCUUUUGAUGAUAAAUUCUUCCAUUAUAAGCAUUUCGGAGAUUGCCUUUACGUUGAUGUCGGAUACUUUGUCCAGGAGAAAGAAGAGGAGCCAAACCCAAAUUUCUUUGAUGUGAGAUAUAUAAUCCCAAUGCACCUGACUGCCAUAUACGAGGUGAUAAGAAGUUUCAUACGGCAAUUCAUCAAUGGACCAGAAUACAAGGAGACGGGGGUUUCCAAAUCCUUCAGGCUCAUCGGAUUGUUGCUUCCAGGAAUUGCUUCACAUAGUUUUGUAAAUUAUGUUAACUGCGUGAGACUUGGAAAGGAUAAGAGUUCUUGAUUGAUCUCUUUACCAAGUUUCGUUUGCAACACAAUUUCUCUUUCAGGAGUUAUCUAAAAAGUUAUUUUAGUUUCAAACCUUUGGGUUUUCAAUUCUCAUGUGAAGAUGUGCUUCAAUUGCAUUCCAAAAAAAAAAUAAAUUGAAAAAGUUGAUACUUUUUUUUCUUUGG